AUGGCUCUCGUCUUUCCUCGCAAAUACCUGACCAUUUGGGUAUUGGUGGAGAUAACCGACUUGUGGGUGGUGAUGUCGAUGUUACACGAGAAAUAUGUUAGCUCAUUUCAAAAACCACUCAAAAAGUCACAGAUCACCAUGUCUCUGGUAGUGAUGAGCAUUCUCGGUCUCUUCACCAGCUUUUUCUUCAUUAUACAAGGUGGCUUUCUGCACAUUCUUGGUAGUAGCAAAAGCGUGCAAAGAUGCGACUUUGAUUCUCGGAUUCCUACAGCUCGUCACAGUCGCGUACAUCUAUGGGUUCAAAAGGUUUUC